CAGAAACACUUUCAACUGAUAAGAGAGACGAGAAUUCAACUCAAAAUGCAUGUGCAGUGUGCACUGGUACUUGAUUAUUGACGUGCAUUAAUUAAUAAUAAUAUUUGUGAAUCAUUAUAAAUUUACACUGAUAUCGAAUACUAUACGUUGCCAAAAGCUCCAUCCAAAAUGAGUAAUUACGAACAGAGGAUUUUGGACUUCAUGAAAAGUCGUGACCGCCCUGCAACUGAUACAGAAUUGAGAAAAGAAUUUCCCGAUCUGAGUAACGCAGAAAGAGCUGGUGUUAUGCAAAUAUUACUCAACGAGGGUUUAAUCGAUCUUUUCCAAACAUCAGAUAAAAAACUAGCCUACAAAAUCAAAGCCGCGAGCGAUAAUAUUGAAAGCUUGAAAGGAGCCGGCAACGAAGAAAAAGUUGUAUACGGUAUUGUAAAAGAGUCUGGUAACAAAGGUAUUUGGAUCAAAGACAUCAGACAGAAGUCGAAUUUGAUUCAGCUCCAGUUGAAUAAAAUUAUCAAGAAUUUGGAAAAUAAAAAAGCCAUAAAAUUAGUCAAAUCGGUCAAGGCUGGAAAGAAGAAAGUUUACAUGUUAUACGAUUUAGAACCAGACCGAUCACUCACUGGUGGGGCAUGGUACAGUGAUCAGGAUUUUGAAUCUGAAUUCGUCGAUGUACUCAAUCAACAGUGCUACAAGUUCUUAGAAACGAAGAGAGAAAAGGCUAGAGAAGCUGUAGGAAGUCCGUUAACCAUUAAUAAUAAUUCGUACGCUUCUGUCAUCGACGUUUGGAAAUUUAUCAACCAACUAGGUAUUAGCAGGAUAGAAUUAUCCGAAGAUGAUAUAAAGACUAUUUUACAAACGUUGAUAUACGAUGGAAAAGUUGAAAGGAAACUGACCAUAGGUGGAGGUCAUUUGUAUAAAGCUAUCGAAACUUUACUGCCACCUCCUGGGUUGGCCAGAACAACUUGUGGCAUUUGUCCUGUGUUCAAAAAUUGCGACGCUGUCGGUACUGUCAAUCCGAAAACGUGUUCCUAUUAUAACGAUUGGUUAUUAUAGCUGAAGUAUUUCUUCAUCAUCAAUGAAUUUAUUAUUUUUAGUUUUGUUACGAGUUAAGAAAAUGUAUCCUGGAAUUGUUUGUGUUAUUGAGAAAUCCAUUAAAAUUAACUCAUUUAAUAUCAA